AUGUGCGGCGUUCCCGCGACAAGUUUUUUUAUUUAUUUUAUUUAUUUUUUCAACGCAUUCAUCUGUGUCCUCUCCCAAUGUGGAAAGCGGCGUGAAAGUUGAUGGCAUCUCGGGAUAUGCACCUGAACGCACCACGGGCCAGGGACCACACACAUGUUGACCCCUCGCCGCCGCCUGUUAUGAUAGGGACCCCCCGCGUGGAUUCGGUCCCGUGAUGUGGGGGAGAAGACUCCCAUGGAUCCACGGUGUUGCCGCCAUCCUGCUGGCCGUCAUCAGCAACUCAUGCCGGGCUGUCACCUUGGACUCAAUCUUGUGGAGCAGCGCCAACACCAAAUUCACUCCGGGUCGAGGUCUGGUCCUCUACCCUCAAAUAGGAGACAAGAUGGACAUCGUCUGUCCCCGGGCGGACGCCUCCCUGGGGGAAAGGGAGGAGUUCUACCGGGUCUACCUGGUUUCUCGAAGUCAGAUGGAGAGCUGCUCCGUCAACAAGAAGGACGCGCCGCUGCUCAAUUGCGACAAACCGCACCGCGACGUCAAGUUCACCUUCAAGUUCCAGGAGUUCAGCCCCAACCUGUGGGGGCUGGAGUUCCUCAAGGGGAAGGACUAUUACAUCACCUCCACAUCUACAGGCUCCCUGCAAAGUCUGGACAACAUCCACGGAGGGGCGUGCAGGACCAGAUCCAUGAAACUGCUGCUCAGAGUCGGACAAAAUUCUUCAGACCCUGGAUCGACACUUAGGGAGUCGCCAACUAGAUUCCCGCCAGCACAAGCAAAGCCAAAAGCAAAAGAGAACAAUAUUAAGAACAACACAGACGCGGGCUGGGAAGCAGGGCAGCUCACCCCCGCCGGCAAAGGCGGCUCGCGGCCAGCGCUCCUGACCUGGGUUGUCUCGGCCUGCCUGCUCCUCCUCCUCCUCCUCGCCGGCCUGUCUCUGGCGCUGUGGAAGUGGCGCCGCUUGGGCCCGGACGGCCAGCGCUCGGCGUCCGUGUCCCUCAACACUUUGGCCGUGCCCAAGCGGGACAGCAUCAGCAGCGACAACGCGGCCUCCGACCGCAGCGAGGUGGUCUUUCCCCUGCAGGCCUCCGACGGCAGACUCUGCCGACAUUUUCAGCGCCUGAGCGGCGACUACGGAGCGCCGGUGUACAUAGUCAAGGAGAUGGCGCCUCACAGUCCCACCAACGUUUACUACAAAGUCUGAUCAGGAGCUGGAAGGACAGCCUUGUCUCAGUCAGAGAAGAACACAUUUAGUCCUUUGAUUUAAAAAUGCUUCAAAGACAUCUGGUUAACAUUGACAAGCAGUCCCUAAUCUAGCGAUUAUUUUGUCCGAUUAUUCGGAUAAUCAGAUAAAGCACACUUUAUAAUUGGAGUAGACAACCAGCUCAAAAGGUGUGUAGUCUGAAUUGAUUACUUCCAAAAAAUUGAUAAAUUAAUCAAUUAUUUUCUCUGAUUAAUCGAAUAUUCGGAUAAAAUACACUUUAUAAUUGAAGUAGACAAUCAGCUCAAAAAGUGUGUAGUCUGAAGUAUGGCUACAGCAAUUGUUUACUUUAUUAAUCGAUAAAUUCAUCAAUUAUUUUGUCCGAUUAAUCGGAUAAAACACACUUUAAAGUUUAAAUAUACAACUAGCCCAAAAAGGUUCUGUAUUUCUUCAUUCAUAUAUGUUUUAAAAUUAUGGCUACAGCAAUUGAUUACUUCAAAAAUCGAUUAAUUAACCAAUUAUUUUGUCUGAUUAAUCGAAUAUUCGGAUAAAACACACUUUAUAAUUGAAUUAGACAAUCAGCUCAAAAAGUGUGUAGUCUGAAGUAUGGCUACAGCAAUUGUUAACUUUAUUAAUUGAUAAAUUCAUCAAUUAUUUUGUCCGAUUAAUCGGAUAAAACACACUUUAAGUUUAAGUAAACCACUUGCCCAAAAAGGUUCAUUAUGUCUUUUUUCAUAUACAUCUUAAAAUUAUGGCUACAGCAAUUGAUUACUUAAAAAACGUAUUAAUUAAUCAAUUAUUUUGUUUGAUUAAUCGAAUUUUCGGAUAAGACACACUUUAUAAUUGAAUUAGACAAUCAGCUCAAAAAGUGUGUAGUCUGAAGUAUGGCUACAGCAAUUGUUAACUUUAUUAAUUGAUAAAUUCAUCAAUUAUUUUGUCCGAUUAAUCGGAUAAAACACACUUUAAGUUUAAGUAAACCACUUGCCCAAAAAGGUUCAUUAUGUCUUUUUUCAUAUACAUCUUAAAAUUAUGGCUACAGCAAUUGAUUACUUAAAAAACGUAUUAAUUAAUCAAUUAUUUUGUUUGAUUAAUCGAAUUUUCGGAUAAGACACACUUUAUAAUUGAAGUAGACAAUCAGCUCAAAAAGUGUGUAGUCUGAAUUAUGGCUAAAGGAAUUGUUUACUUUAUUAAUCGAUAAAUUAAUUAAUUAUUUUGUCCGAUUAAUCGAUUAAUCUAAUAAAAUACACUUAAAGUUUAAGUAAACAAUUAGCCCAAAAAGGUUCAUUAUGGCUUAUUUCAUUUAUGUCUUUUUUUAAAAAUUAUGGCUACAGCAAUUGUUUACUUUUUUAAUCGAUAAAUUUGUUGGAUUAUUUUGACCGAAUAAUUGGAUAAAACACACUUUAAAGUUUAAGUAAACAACUAGCCCAAAAAGAUUCAUUAUGUCUUAUUUCAUGUACGUCUUACAAUUAUGGCUACAGCAAUUGAUUACUUAAAAAAUCGAUUAGUUAAUCAAUUAUUCUGUCCGAUUAAUCGAAUAUUCCGAUAAAACAAACUUUAUAAUUGAAGUAGACAAUCAGCUCCAAAAGUGUGUCGUUUGAAUUAUUGCUACAGCAAUUGUUAACUUUAUUAAUCAAUACAUUCAUCGAUUAUUUUGUCCAAUUAAUCGAAUAUUCAGAUAAAACACACUUUAUAAUCGAAGUAGACAAUCAGCUCAAAAAGUGUGUGGUCUGAAUUAUGGUUACGGCAAUUGUUUAUUUUUUUAAAUCAACAUAUUCAUUGAGUAUUUUGACCGAAUAAUCGGAUAAAACACUCUUUAAAGUUUAAGUAAAAACUAGUCCAAAAAGGUUCAUUAUGUCUUAUUUCAUAUACGUCUUACAAUUAUGGCUACAGCAAUUGAUUACCUAAAAAAAUCAAUUAAUUAAUCAAUUAUUUUGUCAUAUUAAUCAAAUAUUUGGAUAAAACACACUUUAUAACUGAAGUGAACAACCAGCUCAAAAAGUGUGUAGUCUGAAUUAAUGCUACAGCAAUUGUUAACUUUAUUAAUCGAUAAAUUUAUCUAUUAUUUUGUCCGAUUAAUCGAAUAUUUGGAUAAAACACUUUAUAAUUGAAGUAGACAACCAGCUCAGAAUGUGUGUGGUCUGAAUUACGACUAUAGCAAUUGAUAACUUUAUUAAUUGAAAAAUUCAUCGAUUAUUUUGUCCGAUUAAUCGAAUAUUCAGAUAAAACACUUUAUGAUUGAAGUAGACAACCAGCUCAGAAAGUGUGUGGUCUGAAUUAUGACUAUAGCAAUUGAUAACUUUAUUAAUCGAAAAAUUCAUCGAUUAUUUUGUCCGAUUAAUCGAAUAUUCAGAUAAAACACUUUAUGAUUGAAGUAGACAACCAGCUCAGAAAGUGUGUAGUCUGAAUUAUGGCCACAGCAAUUGUUAACUUUAUUAAUCGAUAACUUAAGCGAUUAUUUUGUCCGAUUAAUCCAAUAUUUGGAUAAAACACACUUUUUAAUUGAAGUAGAUAACCAGCUCAGAAAGUGUGUGGUCUGAAUUAGGGCUACAGCAAUUUUUAACCUUAUUCCUCGAUAAAUGUAUCGAUUAUUUGUCCGAUUAAUCAAAUAUUCGUGAAGUAGAUAACCAGCUCAGAAAGUGUGUGGUCUGAAUUAGGGCUACAGCAAUUUUUAACCUUAUUCCUCGAUAAAUGUAUCGAUUAUUUGUCCGAUUAAUCAAAUAUUCGGAUAAAACACACUUUAUAAUUGAAGUUGACAACCAACUCACAAAGUGUGUAGUCCGAAUUAGGGCUGCAGCAAUAUUUUACUUUAUUCCUAAAUAAAUUUAUCGAUUAUUUGUCCAAUUAAUCAAAUAUUCGGAUAAAACACUUUGUAAUUGAAGUAGACAACCAGCUCAAAAAGUGUGUUGUCUGAAUCAGCAUGUCUUCUUUUGUAUUCCUUUCAAUUUCCUUCUAGUCAGACGAUAUUUUCGGUACAAUGGAGGGCUUUUUUUUUUAAACCAUGUACUAAUUAAUCGAUUGUUUGCAGCCCUAUUCCUCAGUCCUUUAAUAAUUCAGAUUUUAUCUAAAACAGUCGUAAAUCUAUCCAACAUAGCCAAGCAGUGCGUUUGUAGUCCGAACUAUGGCUGCAGCGAUUGAUUAUUUAAAUAAUCGGGUAACCACGUGAUUACGUUGUCCGAUUAAUCGAAAAAUCGGACAAAACACACUUCAAAGUUUAAGUAGACAACUCACUCAAAAAGGUUCAUUUUGUCACAUUUCAUAAACUGCUGAUUUUUUUUCUACUCAGAGAAUAUUUGCAAUACUAUGCAUAGCAUUUUUACCAUGGAUGAUCAAUAAUCAAUUUGAUCGAUUAAUUGUUGCAGCUCUAUUCUUUAGUCCUUAAAUGAUUCUGAUUUGACUUAAAAAUAUUUUAAAUAUAUUUAUUUAACAUGGACAGGCAGAGUGUGUAGUCUAAAUUAUGGCUACAGCAAUAGAUUACUUUAAGAAUCGAUUAAUUAAUUGAUUAUUUUGUCUGAUUAAUCGAAUAAUUGGAUAAAGCACACAUUAAAGUUUGAAUAAACAACUAGCUCCAAAGAGUUCAUCAUGUCUUAUUUCAAAAAUUUCUCAAUGUUCUUCCAGUCAAACAAUAUUUGCGAUACAAUGGAUGGCAUUUUUACAAUCGAUUAUCAAUAAUCGAUUUGAUUGAUUAAUGGUUGCAACACUAUUCUUUGUCCUUAAAUGAUUCUGAUUUCAUUUAAAAAAUGUUUUAAAUAUAUUUAUUUAACAUAAAAAAGCAGGGCGUGAAGUCUGAAGUAUGGCUGCCGCGUUUAAUUAUUUUGAUAAUUGCCUAAUCUAUCGAUUAUUUUGUGUGAUUAAUCGGGUGAUUCGAUGAAAUGCACUUAUAGUUGAAAUUAAAGACUUUUUCAAGAAAGUUAUGUCUUUCAUUAACCUUUCAAUUUUACUGUAGUCAGACAAUAUUUUCGCUACAAUGGAUGGAAUUUUUUUGCAUUGAUUAUCACAAUAUAAUCAAUUAUUGAUUAAAUCGAUUAAUGGUUGUAGCUUUUUUCUUCAAUGAUGCUGAUAAUACUUCAAAUGUUUUAAAGAUAUUUAUUUAACAUAGGGUGGUUUUAGUCUAAAGUAGAGCAGCAAUGAUUAAUCGAUUAGAAAAAUGCCUGGAUUCAUAUCGUGUUGCUUCGAUUAAUCGCUUAAGGCACCGGUGUCAAACUCAAGGCCCGGGGGCCACUUCUGGCCCGCCACAUCAUUCUAUGUGCUCCGGGAAAACCUGGAAAAAAUGGUUUUCAAUAAAAUACUUUAUUUCAAUUUUUUUUUACUAAAUGCAUUUGUUCUUUCAAUUUUGACAGAAAAAAAAUAAUAAUAUUUGAAACUUUAAUAUUAUCUGAUCAUGCCAAUUAUAUUAUUAUAUUCUGUAUUGCAAAACUAUUUUCUAAACAAAAACAAAUAGUUAAAUAUCUGUUUGUCACCUUUUUUAUGAUUUUAAAGCAAGGUAUACAUGAAAAAAAUCUAAUAAUCAAAUGCAUAUGCAUUUUGAUUAAUCAUUAUUAAUUACAGUUUAUUACCCGCAUGCAUAAUGUAAAUUAAUUUUUAAAAAGUGGCCAUUACGGCGAUGUGGCCCUCAAUGAAAAUUAGUUUGACUCACCUGGCUUUAAAGGCCUACUGAAAUGAGAUGUUCUUAUUUAAACGGGGAUAGCAGCUCCAUUCUAUGUGUCAUACUUCAUCAUUUUGCCAUAUUGCCAUAUUUUUGCUGAAAGGAUUUAGUAGAGAACAUCGAGGAUAAAGUUCGCAACUUUUGGUCGCUAAUAAAAAAGCCUUGCCCGUACCGGAAGUAGCAGACGAUGUGCGCGUGACGUCACGGGUUGUGGAGCUCCUCACAUCAACACAUUGUUUACAAUCAUGGCCACCAGCAGCGAGAGCGAUUCGGACCGAGAAAGCAACGAUUUCCCCAUUAAUUUGAGCGAGGAUGAAAGAUUCGUGGAUGAGGAAAGUUAGAGUGAAGGACUAGAAAAAAAGGGAAAAAAAAGACAGGGCAGUGGAAGCGAUUCAGAUGUUAUUAGACACAUUUACUAGGAUAUUUCUGAAAAAUCCCUUAUCUGCUUAUUGUGUUACUAGUGUUGUAGUGAGAUUAUAUAGUACCUGAAACAUUUUUUUUUUCAAAACAAUUUCCCCAUAAAAUAUGCAUUGAGGUUAUGAAGUGUGUUUUAUUCGAUUAAUGGAAUGAAAUAAUCGACUGAUUACUCAAUUACUGAAAUAAUCGAUAGCUGAAGCUCUUCAAACUGUUACUUCAGUAAAUGUGAUUUGUAUUCCAACUUGGGACACAUCUGAUGACUUCUGAAAACAAACCACUUCAAGUACUUUCACGCUUUAUCUAGAAGUGAAGAAAAUGUCUUAGGUAAAAUCUCUUUUGACACGUUUUUAGAUAGAAUUUCUACAUUUCUAUCACAUGUUGUUCUCUUGUUCUGAGCUCCCACUUCCUGUGUAUGCAAGGUUGUAACGUGUCUGAAAACUUUCAUUCUCUCAAAUCUCUUUUUCUCAGUUGUUCUGUGCUAAAAAAAAAAAACAACAACCCAAGAAUAAACAAUUUGGAUUGUUUUCUAUUCAUCGCUUUGGCAGCAUGAUAUUAUUUCUCUUUCACACUUUAAUGAAGACGCUGUGGGGAAAAUGUGAAUCUCCCCUGAAUAGCAGACAAUAUUUUUGGAGAGUCAAAUGGCCAGAAUUAAAUAAGUAAAUCUUUAAAUAUUCACUUAAAUGUGUCUUUAAUUCGUUAAUUAAUGGUUGAUUAAUCAAUUAGUUCCACAAGGACAUUAAAGCAAUCAUUGGACUAGAUUCCUGUUAGCCCCGCCCACUGACAAAUUAAAUCAUGAAAUACUUAAAUCGUUAAAUAACUUAUUAAACGGUAAAUAAUUCAACGGGUAAAAAAUUACUAGAUUGUGAAUUAAUUAAAGGUUUUAUGAAACAAGAAAUAAGUAAAUUGUGAAAUAAUUAUUCAUUUGGGAAAUAACCGAAUCAUCAAAAAAUGUAUGAAACGCGAAAAAUAAAUAAAUUGUGAAAUAAAUUAUUAUAUUGUGGAUGAAUUAAAUCAAAUAUUCCAUCAAACAGGAACACAUUUAAUUGCAAAACAGAUUGUUAAUUUGGGAAAUAAGACAAUUUAUUAAACAGGAAAUAGUUAAAAUGAUUUAAAUGAUUUUUAAAACAUGUUAAUUGUGGAGAUAAAU